AUGUCAACCGAAUCUCUCCCCAUAACCCCAGGAGCCUUCGCAGAAGCGAUCAAAGAGCUCCCCCUCGCAGUUCUCUACAGCAAAGUCUUCGAGCUCACGAACUCUAUUGCGCACCUGCAACGCUCGAACACUGAGCUCCGUGCAUUCUUAGCAGAAAGCAAUGACUCAGAAGAAGACAAAAAAGAACUAGAGGGGUACAUCACAGAAAACGACGGUGUGGCCGUAUCCAUGAAUGAGCGGAUCUCGUUGCUGAAGAUCGAGGUUGAGAAUCGUGGGCAGCCAUGGAUUGAGCUUGAUGAGCUUAAGAAGGAGGAGGGGCAGACCUCAUUGCCAGAUGUGCCGGUGACAAAUGGGAAUGGACCUGUGACUGAGACUGGGGAUGCAGGUGCAACGCAGGACUCCAAUGAUGGGGGAGAUGGGGAUGGAGUCUAUCUGUGA